UGCAGGGGGGUGCCUGGUUGGGGUAUUUCCAGCAGCAGUCUGUGGGGCUCUCAUUUCCCCAUCGGGCAGCAGCGGUGCGACCAUGGCUGAGGAGCAGCGGGACCUCAUCUCCUCCGAUGGCAGCAGCGGGGUGCUCCCCGUUGGGAACACCCAGAGGUCUGCUCUUGGCCGCAGAACCGCGCUGUCGGCGCUCUCCAUCCUGGUGGCCCUGCUGAUUGCUGGCCAGGCCGUCACCAUCUACUACGUGUACCAGCAGAGUGGGCAGAUCAGCAAGCUGACCAAGACCUCGCAGACCCUGAAGCUGGAGUCGCUGCAGAGGAGGAUGCCCACCAGUGCCCAGCCAGCAAACAAGAUGACUAUGUCCAUGAUGAACAUGCCCAUGGCCAUGAAGGUGCUGCCUCUUGCCCCCUCUGUUGGUGACAUGCCCUUGGAGGUCAUGAAACCCCGCAGCAACAAGACCGAGGACCAAGUCAGGCACCUGCUGCUGAGAGCAGACCCCAGGAAGACGUUCCCGGAGCUGAAGGAUGACAUGCUGGGCAACCUGAAGAACCUGAAGAAGACCAUGAGCGCUAUGGACUGGCAGGAUUUUGAGGCCUGGAUGCACAAGUGGCUGCUCUUUGAAAUGGCCAAAGGCCCCAAGGUGGAGGAGAAGAAUGCAGUCCCAGCAGAGAAAGUGCAAACUAAGUGCCAGGCAGAGGCCAGUUUCGGUGGUGUCCAUCCGGGUCGCUUCCGCCCCGAGUGCGAUGAGAACGGUGACUACCUGCCCAAGCAGUGCUUCGCCAGCACGGGCUUCUGCUGGUGCUCCUACAAAAAUGGCACCAAGAUUGAGGGCACUGACACCCGGGGAGAGCUGGACUGCUCGGUGUCCGCCACGACAGAGCCUGAGGAAAUGAUCUUCUCCGGGGUGGACAUGCUGAAAGCAGCCAAGUAGAAGAUGAUGCCUGUGGGUGCCCAUCCAGCCUUCAGCAUUCCAGCCCACCUUUUUUUGCUCCCUUUUUCUGCUUACCUUGCUUUCCUGAAGACAUUAAUGGAGGACUCCUGCCAUGACCUUAGUUACACCCCUUCCCCUGCUGCAGGACAGGACCUGGGGUUGACCACAGUUGGCUGGGGCUGCCCCCUCCCCAUAUGGCAGGGUCACUGCUGUGUUUACUGACUGGGGGGUAGCACUGGAAGAUAAUUUCAGCUCUGGCAGCCCCAGUCCUUUUAGCUAACGGGCUGAGCUGCCACACUGGCACUGUGUGAGGGACACCACCUGGUUCCCAGCCUCCUCCUGUCCCCCAGGACCCCUCUCCCAGCACCUGCAGCAGCGAUGCAGAAAUCACCUGCGCUGAAGAAUGAGCCACUAAUGCUUUCUCUCACUGAACAAACAUUAAAAGCAGCAAAACAACCUCCACGAGCUUAACUGACCCCACAGGUUGGAGCCCUGUUAAGAUUACUAAACCUUCCUUCAUCUUUCUUGGUUUUUUUUUUUUUUUUUUUUUUAAAGACUGUAGUAGGGAUAGAUGCUCAGCUUCAGGCUGGGGAACAGCCGGGGGGGGGGAGCAGGGGAAAGAAGAGCUGACCUUGGAGGUGGGGGGGCUUUGAGUUUUUCUGCAUAUAUCCAAUACUUCCUUUAUGAAUGAAAUCAGAAGCUAGUUAUUUCAAAUAAACUUUUCAAUAUGAAA